ACACAUUUCAAAGGGCUACGAAAAACCGAAAAGAUAUAUCGCCACCCAAACUCCUUUAACAUGUACCGUGCACGACUUUUGGUCCAUGGUAUGCCAAGAAAAUGUAAAAAUUAUAGUUAUGUUGUGCAAGCUCGAAGACAAUGAAUGUACUAAAUGCGAAAAGUAUUGGCCCGACGAUUUUUCUCACUUUAGAUUUGGAAUGUUCUUGAUAGAAAAUGUUUCCGUGAAGGGAAAUGGAAGUUAUAUUCAUCGAGCACUUAAGGUGAAAUGGAAUAAUAACACUCGUACGGUUCAUCACUUUCAGUUUCUGUCCUGGACCCUUAAAGACGUACCGUCGUCUCCUAAAAAUUUUACCGUCUUUGUGAAACAAUUAAUCGAGCUGAGCGAUGAGUAUCCUGUUGUCGUCCACAGCGAAGGAGGAUGUGGAAGAACAGGAAUAUACAUUUUGUGCGAUAUCAUCUUAAGAAUGAGCAUUAAAGAAAAGAAGGUCGAUUUUUUUAAAACGCUAGAGAAGAUGAGAAAUCAAAGAGGGGGUUUAGUGAGUAAUUUGGAUCAGUAUAUUUUCAGUCACUUUGUGUUGUUGGAAUAUUAUUUUGGGAAAAACUUUUCUUCCUCGAAUAAGCCGAGUGAUUUUGUGUUGAAAAUUCAAGAAGCUAUGCAAGAAAGUGCUGUAAAACGAUUUGUCGAUCGCUUAGAUAAAGCUACGGAGCACUGCCGUACGAUUUCUCUAGAUGACACGUUUAACAACAUCAGAGUUAUCGCUGUGGACUGCUUCAAUUAUCCCGGAAGAUUUAUUGUAACAGAAGAACCUUCAGCAAAUAAUCUAUGCAGUUUUUGGAACCUAGUCGCAAACAAUGAAGUCGAAAUAGUAAUAUGGUUAAACGGAAUAGAGGACAAUGACGAGGAGUAUUCAAGUUUCUGGCCUAAGGACACUCUCCACUGGUCUCUCAACGAAUCAAAUAAACUCGAUAUUGUAUGGCAAGAAAACACUAACGACACAUAUAACACAAUCACUAUCAAAAUCGACACAACUGGUAAGUCUGAAGAAAAAUUCGUUAAAAUUAUAUACGUUAAAACCUGGGAACGUACAAGUGCUGCGCCUUCGAACACGAAAGGCAUAAUCGACGUUUGCGAUAAAAUUGUGCCGUAUAAUGGGCAAAUUGUUGUCACGUGCUACGAUGGAACAACAGCCAGUGGCCUUUUUGUAGCCUUGGUCUUUUUGUUGGAAAAAAUUAACACACACCGGUGUUGCAACGUUUUUGAGGCCGCGAAGACCGUCAAACAAAACUGUGCUCAGUUUUUAAAAAAUCCUGAACAAAUUAAAUAUCUGUAUGAAGCAGCGUUGGAAUAUGUUCGAAAAUUUAAUAUUUAUGAAGUCGUAGUUUAAAUCAGUUAAAUUACUUAAUAUUGAAUUCAUUUAUUUGUUUAUAGAGAAAAGUACAAAUGUAGGUUAAGUUGAAUUUAAUAGUGAAAAAAAUGUAAUACAAAUAAUUUUAUAACGACUAAUAAAGACCAUACAGGUUUAUUCCUUUGAAAUUGCAACAAUAUAUUUAGUUUGCUAUUA